GAAGUUGAAUGUAUUUAUAAAUAAUUAUUAAUAUUAUUUAUUUUAUAUUAUUUUCACUUCAAAUUAAUAUUGGAUAAAGAAGAAACACAAUCAUAAUGUUAAAGAAAAUCAGUGAAAAUAAAAAAAGAACCAUGAAAGAUAUUUUACCGGCAACAUUUUUUUUAAUGAAACUUUGUGGCUUAUGGCAGCCAUUUGAUUGCACUAAAUUUUUUUUUAAAAUUAUUUAUAUUUUUUAUGCAGUUUUUACUUUUUUUACAAUUAUUUCAGUUGGAUUAUCACUUGUGUGCGUGAUAAUUAUUUCCUCAGAAAAUAUCAAAGAUGCAAUUGUAGAAAAUUCAUUUUUAUUAUUUACGUUACUGAAUGGUUGGGUUAAAGGAUUAAUUCUUAUAUGCAGAAGAAAUCAUAUAAAAUCAUUGUUACGUAGUUUAUUAGAUGAACAGAGUCAACCAUUGGAUAGUACUGAAGAAGAAAUACAAAAUAAAGUUGAUAAAAAAGCUAAGAAAAUUACCAUUAUACAUGCAACAUCAGUUGGAUUAGCCGUAGUAUCAAUGUAUUUUGCUGUACUUUCCAAAAAUGGAGAUGAAAGAAUAAAAAUAUUAAACUCUUGGCGUCCCUAUAAUUUAAGAGUGCCAUUAUAUUUUUGGAUCACUUGGUUUCAUGAAUUUAUUGGACAUUUUCAAACAAGUAUCGUUCAUUUAUCUGCCGAUACACUAGUACCAGGACUUAUGAUUCAACUUUGUUGUCAAUUAAAAUUUAUACGUUAUAGAUUAAAUGAAUUUUCGUCUCAAAUUAAAAAAUUGAAAAAUUCCAAAAUUAACAAACAAGAAUUAGAGACAGCUUUUAUAUCAAAAACAAUUAUACACCACAAUACUUUAUUUCUGUGUAUUUUCGAUUCAUGA